CUUCAGUAUCGUGUUGCUCUUGUUUUUUUGAAUUACACAGCUCAACGUUGUAUUCAGGUCCUUCCUUUCCAUGUUCACGUGUAGUGAACACAUCUUCUGCGAAUGUUCUCCACUAAUGCAAGCUCCCUCUUCUUCCCUUCCGCCUUCCGCUGCCGUGCCUCCGCCGGAGACCUCUCGCCGGGACCCUCCUCCUUCCCUCGCCUCUUCCAGUCCGCUGCUGCCGUCGCCGGAGGCCUGAGGCUCGGCCAGGGCCCCGACGGAGGAGGACCCUCCGUGGAAGGAAGCGGCGCCGCCGCGAGGCGCGCCGGCUGGAACGACGGGAUGAGGGUGAAGGCAAAGGAGAAGAAAUGGUCUCGGAAUAGAGAGAGCUAUUUGGAUAAUGAUAGUGAACCUUUACCCCUUCCCAUGACGUACCCUGAUUCCUCGCCGGUUUCGCCCGAAGAGAUUGAUAAGCGCCUUCAAUGCGAUCCCAAAUUCGAGGAUUGUAAAGAGGUUGUGUAUGAAUGGACUGGCAAGUGCCGUAGUUGCCAAGGAUCAGGAUAUGUGAGCAACUAUAACAAAAGAGGGAAAGAGAUUACCUGCAAAUGCAUUCCUUGCAUGGGAAUUGGAUACGUGCAGAAGAUAACAGCUCGCAAGGAUAUUGAUGUGAUGGAGGAUUUGGAUGAUAAUGGAAAACCACAGCAAUAUAAAAUGUCAAGGACAAGUUUCCUUGAUUUCCAAUACAACCUCUCAAAGAGAAAUUACCUAAGGAAGCCAUCGCGUCUGUUCUCCAGGGACAAACAGAACUCUGGGCUGAAAACUGUUUUCCAGCCUAACGUUGAUGAGAUGAAGCAGGUUUUUGAAAAAUUUGAUACCAAUAAUGAUGGGAAAAUUUCUCAACAGGAAUACAAAGCCGCCUUAAAAUCUCUAGGCAUGGUGGACUCUGUUCAUGAAGUGCCAAAUAUUUUCCGGGUGGUUGAUUUGGAUGGAGAUGGAUUCAUCAAUUUCAAAGAAUUCAUGGAGGCUCACAAGAAGGAUGGUGGGAUUAGGACAAUGGAUAUACACAGUGCAUUUCGGAUAUUUGAUAGGAAUGGUGAUGGGAAAAUAAGUGCAGAAGAAGUUAAAGAAAUGCUCAGAAGGCUGGGAGAAAGGUGUAGCCUUGAGGAUUGCCAGCGAAUGGUGAGAGCAGUGGACACAGAUGGUGAUGGCAUGGUUGACAUAAACGACUUCAUGGCCAUGAUGACUCAAUCGCUGAGACAUGAUUGAAUGUUUAUGGCUGGCUAUCUUGUUUCUUGAGGUUGAAUUUAGGAGCAACUCAAUGAAACUCAUUGGUGUUGUAUUUAGAUUUAUUUACUUAAAUAAGGGAAAAGAUCUGUUUACAAUUUUUUUUUACAAAUUACACUAUCUUUUCUCGGAAAAACAUAGUGUAACUAGUGUUCUUCCGGGAGAAGAUAAUGUAGUUUAUAAAUAAAAAAGUUUGUAAAUAUAACAUGUCCCCUUGUACAAAGUUGGAUUUUAAAAUUAGUGGUAGGUACAGUACAAUUUGUACUAUGUAAAAUGGACACUGCUAAAACCUUUUCUCGCUGCUUCUCUUGCUUGUAAUAAAUAAUAGUAAUAAUAUAAAAACUUUCUUGGG